CAAGAACUGUGUAAUAGACUGUGUCAAGUAUUUCAAAAUGAUAGAUGUUCAGCCUGACUGUUUACAUCUACAGUGUGCGUCAAAAGACACCGGUUGAAUUUGUGGCAUUGCUGUUAAUGAAGCGGAAAGACCGAAGACAGAAGUGGCGUGUUUCGAGUUAACGGGGCGGGGAAAGUGCUUCGGGGCGGUACAGGAAGAGCUCAGCUCCUUACCAUUGGCUCCCAUCCAUCCCGAUAUCAUGACGCAGACCCAUGGGGGUGUGCUUUAGAAGAAAUCAGCUGGAGAAACAAAAACACAGACGGGUGCCUCAUAGGUGACAUAGUUAGAACUAGCAAUGGUUAAUAUUUCACCAAAUAACAGCAGUUUUAGGUAAAAGUUCAGAGUUAGUGCUUUAGCUAGAUGCAAAUGAGUUAGUGAGCAGCCUGGAAUCAUUGUAAGAGAACAGCGAGAAGAAGGAAGAUGCUAUCUUUGUGACAGCGCUGAGUUUUUGUGCAACAUUCACACUAACGUUAGUUCUCUCAAGGCCCUUGAGUUAGUUGCCAACUCUUCUUGUCUCCACUCGUCUCCCGUGCUCGGUCGAACUACGCGCGGAGUGGCAUGUGGGUCAAUACCGGAACAGUCGGAAGUUAGGAGAUAACAUGCUGCAUUGACCCACAUGGAAGAGGCAGCCAGCAGUGUGUGGCUUGACUGGCUACCGCAGUGACAGAGAGCGAGGGGAAAGAGAGGCUAGUGAGGGUGACUGUGGCAGACAGGCAGAGUCAUGCCCAAUGCCAGAGGCUGAGACUGCCAACCCUGACAGAGCAGAGGCACCCAAGCUGAAGGCCUGAGCUGAGUGGAGUGACACAAGAGUGACACAUAUCCUGCAGUUGAGGGCCCUCUCCAUGGAUAUAGACACAGACUAUGAGCGGCCCAAUGUGGAAACCAUUAAAUGUGUUGUGGUAGGGGACAACGCGGUGGGCAAGACUAGGCUCAUCUGUGCCCGCGCCUGCAAUGCCACCCUCACACAGUACCAGCUGCUCGCCACCCACGUGCCAACUGUCUGGGCCAUUGACCAGUACCGUGUGUGCCAGGAGGUGUUGGAGAGGUCACGGGAUGUUGUGGAUGAGGUCAGUGUGUCCCUGAGACUAUGGGACACCUUCGGUGACCAUCACAAGGACAGACGCUUCGCGUACGGCAGGUCUGAUGUGGUGGUGCUGUGUUUCUCCCUGGCCAACCCCAACUCCCUGCGCCACGUCCGCACCAUGUGGUACCCUGAGAUUAAGCACUUCUGCCCCCGCACCCCUAUCAUCCUGGUGGGCUGCCAGCUGGACCUGCGCUACGCCGACCUGGAGGCUGUCAACCGCGCCCGCAGACCCCUGGCCAAACCCAUCAAGCCUACAGACAUCCUACCUCCAGAGAGAGGCCACGAGGUGGCAAAGGAGCUGGGCAUUCCCUACUUCGAGACCAGCAUCGUGGCCCAGUUUGGGGUAAAGGAUGUGUUCGACAAUGCUAUCCGUUCUGCCCUUAUCUCCCGCCGCCACCUCCAGUUCUGGAAGUCCCACCUGAAGAGAGUCCAGCGGCCCCUCCUCCAGGCCCCGUUCCUGCCCCCCCGUCCCCCUCGCCCUGUGGUUGGCAUCCCCGACCCCCCUCCCAUCGACGGAGAGGCCCCUGACUCCCUCUUCUGCCAGUCGCUGUGCGCCGACGUCCUCUUCCUCCUCCAGGGCGGUGCCACGCGCGUCUUCGCACACAAAGUCUACCUGGCCACAUCCUGCUCCAAGUUCUAUGACCUCUUCACCCUGGAUCUGCUGGCAACUGAGUCGGAUUGGGAGGGAGAGGAGCGAGCCGAGAGCGGGGAGGAGGACGAGCAGAGCAGGAGAGGGGCCAAAGAGCAGGCGGGGCGCACUAAGAGCUUGGACAUCGAUAAGGAGGGGGAGGGGGGCGCCAGGGGACUCAAACGGCCACCCAUGCUCCAGCAGGGCUCCCUGAGGACUUCCAAAAGUGAUAACGCCCUCCCCGCCAGGAGCCAGUGCCCUCUGGGGCCCCUGGGAGCCGGCCGUGGCCUCUUGGGAUGGGGGAGGGGCUUCCUGAGUGUGUACCUGGAGCACAUAGCUGACCCUGAGACGGGGCGACUUCGCCUCAUGACUGUGGUCUCCAUGGACGGCCUCAUACAGGAAGAACCCUUCCAGGCGGUGCUGCAGUACCUGUACACAGGCAGUCUGGACGAGAGCCGAGGGGACCUGAUGCAGGUGGCCACCAUCGCCGAGCUGCUGGAGGUGUUUGACCUGAGGAUGAUGGUGGCCAACGUGUUGAACCGUGAAAGCUUCAUGAACCAGGAGAUCACCAAGGCCUUCCAUGUCCGCCGAGCCAACCGCAUCAAAGAGUGCCUCAGCAAGGGUACCUUCGCCGAUGUGGUGUUCCACCUGGACGAUGGAUACCUGCCGGCCCACAAGCCCCUGCUCAUCUCCAGCUGCGACUGGAUGGCGGCCAUGUUCCGGGGAUCCUUCAUGGAGAGCUAUAUCGAGGAGGUGUCCAUCCCUGACACCAGUAGCUCCUGUAUGCGUGCAGUGUUGGAGUUCAUGUACAGUGGGCUGCUUUCGCCCUGUCCUGACCUGGAGCCUAUUGAGCUUAUCGUUCUAUCCAACCGGCUGUGUCUGCCACGCCUUGUUGCCCUCACAGAGCAGCAUGCUGUGAAUGAGCUGCUCCAGUGGGCGAUGAAGGGAGUGGACAUCGACGGACAGGUGCUGGCUUACCUGGAGUUGGCUCAGUUCCACAAUGCCAAGCAGUUGUAUGCCUGGUGUCUCCAUCACAUCUGCACCAACUACAACAGCGUCUGUCGCAAGUUCCCUAAAGACAUGAAGGUCAUGUCUCCAGAUAACCAGAGGCACUUUGAGAAGCAGCGGUGGCCUCCAGUGUGGUUCCUGAAGGAGGAGGACCGCUACCUGCGCUCUCAGAAGGAGCGCGAGCGCGAGGAGGAGAUCCUACGCAAGCUGCGCACCAAGAGAGGCUGGUGCUUCUCGAGACACCCGUCCUCCUCGCCCCACGUCUCCUGAGGCUGUCACCCCUCCAUGACCCCUCCUGCUUCUGACCUCUCACCCCUCACCCCAGACUGAGGAAGCCAGCUAUGAGUCUAGCACCUCUCCAUGACGGGAGAGCCAAGUCUCCCUUCUGUACGAUUGUGUGUGAGUGGGUGGUUAUAGACCAGGCUUGGGCAGUUCUCUGUGCCCAAGAUGGUCUCACCUCGCUGGGCCUCAGUGACCAGUCCAGUGCUGCCUCCUCCCCCUGAGAUCCACCCCCCAGCCUGGGGGUGACGAGACUGGGAACAAAAGGGCUCUCUCUCUCUCUGCCCCUCAGUCACACAGAAGCUAAAGACCAUUCCACAGACCACUGCUAAGACUCCCCUAUGGGGAGGUUACCUCUGCCUUCACGUCUAUUAGACUGUUAGCGCACUGGACAAGACCAGCAGCCAGGGGGCGCCAGCUCUGCUUCAAUAUACACGGAUGGAUGCUUUGUUUGGUUUUAUUUCGCUUAGGGAUUUGACAUGAGAGUAGAGCCCAUCCCAGAGUUGGGUGUUUUGCCUCAGAGUCUCUGACCACCACCUAUGCCUGUCUGACUUCUCUUCCAGAGACUUUGUCCUCCACUUUGGAUAGGUUUGACACCAUUUUUGUUUUCUCCCAGGUUUCAUCCCAGUGAAGCUCCAUGUUGGAGGUUUGAUUCCCAAAUGUUGCCCUAGACUGUUCUAGAAUCAGCUGUGCAAGGGAGGGGCAGUAGACGUGGUAGUCUGGGUUUAGGUACCUGCUCAAGCAAAGGUGGUGGUUUGCGGUUCAAGCACCCAUCGUGAUCCCCCACAUAACACCAAGAGGAGAGGCCAACAGUGCUGAACAAAUCCCCCUCAAUGACAUUCAAAGUGAACACUUGAUAGCAAUUCUGGAUCAGAGGGCUUUUUUAUACCACUGCCAUGGGAGGGAGUAAGAAGCCGAACUGAACAGAUUUCUUCUUGCUCUGUCUUAAUUGACCACUAGGGUGUCGCUCAGCCAGCCUGCCUUAACUCCCCCGUACCACAGGGGGCAGCACUGCUCAGGGUUCCAUCAUCGACCCUCACCGGGAGCAAACAGGAGUUUUCUCCCCUGCCUGCGUAUAUCCUUAAUUCUAGUUUCUUUUAACUUUAUUUUAUUACAGCUGUAUUUGAAAGUCAACUGUAGUCUUUUGUCCUCAACUGAGUGUUGAAAGCACAUGUAUUAUACCAAAAAAAUGAAGCUGGGGACAUGUUCUCUCCCUUGUGUCUCCUUGCCAUCCUCUCCUUGCCUCCUCCAUAACAUGGCAAAUAUGGGGAGGAAGGGAAUAAGGUAUUAGGAAUAGAGGAAGAUAACUUUUUGAUCCCCCUCAGCAUGUUUUUAUAAAGCUGCAAUGUCAGGUAAAACCCAGGUGUCACUGCAGGACUUCUACUCCUUUAGCUGGAAUUGAAAAUGGUACUCAGGAUGUCCACUAAAAUGACAGUAUGUUUAUGACACACACACUUUAAACAUACAUACAUACACACACACAAUUUACACUUGUACCUGUCUUUUCGGUCCACAAUUUUUGGGGGGGGUUUAUGUCUGCCCAGUCCUUCGUCAGUGUUAAUAUACGGAAAUCUUUCAAUCUACACAUAUAGUGUUACGUUCAGAUGUGAUGCACUAGGGUUAUUUUUUUUCUUACUCAAAGGUGUCUAAUAGACUUUAGGAUAGUGAAUAUAUUCAUAGUAUUAUGAAUUUCAGUUGUUGGCCUUUUCAGUAUGAGUAGAGCUAUGCUUUAAAGUUGAAUCUUUCCAUCUAUUUAACCACAUGCUGUCGUUUUCAAAUGCUGUAUUAGACCAAAUAUUUCACUCGCUUUCAAUUUCUUGCGCCGCGGAGUGCGGUUCUGUUUUCAUUGUGAGGGAGUGUGCCGUUUCAGCCAUUUGUUCACAAAGGGAAUGUGUAGCUCCAUCUUUCAGUUGAAUGCUAUGGAGUUGGAUUUCGGACGGCUGCGCACAUCUCAAUAACCCGCUGCACCUUCAAGAUCUUAAUCAAUCCAAGACAUCGUGUAUUACAACAGGCAUGUUAGAAGAAGAAAACGAUAACUAACAAAGCAUUAUUACUGUAUUUUGUUGCCGCCUUUUUGCACAAAAGUGGUAGUUAUGUGAAAAAGAGGAGACUUUGUGACACGUUUUUCUUUACCACCGUCGUUCUAUUUGCAGGUUUGAGAUUUCCACCUCCCCCCCCCCCCCCGGCUUUACCCAGGUGUCUGUGGGAGAUAGAUGGAUGGCGUGAAGCGUGGCUCUUUUUUUUUUAGCUUUUCUUCACGGGAUGCGUGUUCUAGUCAUCAACAGCUACUGAAAUAGCUAUGCGAUAGGAUCUCACGAGACCCAAGUGAGAAUUGGGCUGAUUUUUACCCCCCCAAAAAACCUGCAAACCUGCAUAUUUGGAAUUGGAACACGGAAAUAGUCCUGACGCCCCUAUUUCGGACUAGGAUAUUGGAACAUUCAUCUGGGGUUGACUUGGGGACAUAGAGAUAUUUGACUUCCAUGACACCUUUCAAUGCCCCUAGGAUGAGCUAUUAAAGUUGUCUUACUAAUGGUAGACAUGCCCUACAAAGCCUUCCCUCAUGGAAGUGCACAUCCACUAUUAGGAAGCGGAGUAUACUCAAAAUGUACAGUGUAGGGUAGUGGUAUACAGUUGCAGACAGGUUCUGCAAAGGAUAAUAGUAGAGCUGAUUGAUUCAGUCUCUGGUAAUGCUUACACACCCAGUCUCACCCACCCAGGCCAGAGAGGCAGGUCUCUCCCUCGUCUUCCUCCCACGUCUGAGUCUCCCUCCGGGGCUGCAGACCCCAGCGCUGCUCCCGGAGGGUCUCUGGGUCUUCGAGGUGGUCAGUGAAAACACAGGCUUUACGUUAGUAGGUGAAGGGGCUGUCAGUAUUGUAAGGUCUCUCAGUCUGUUUCUGUUUGGGGAAACUGAUUUAGUCUGCCACUACAAACCAGCAGAUUACCCUCUGUAAUGCCCUAGUGACCAAGGUUUAGACACCUGUGAUCUAGGGGAUGCUAAAGCUUACUAUGAGAAUACUAGUUGCCUUGUGUGAAUGCUGUUCAACACUUGUGGGAUGUGGUUAUUAUUUUUGCGUCAUGGCCUAAUCUUGGUUUUGUAAUGGCACUUUUGGCAGGUUUUCAGUGUCGGAUUGCACUCUCCUUCCUUUUGUGUCUUUUUAGCUCUGACUUUUUGUGCUUGGCGUGGACAAUUCUUUAACGAGGUUGUUUUUUAAAAAUGUGAUAUUUUGUAGCAUGGGGAUCUUCCUUUCUCCCUUAACUGUCCAUGUGGCUUUCUGGGCUUUAUUGAGUGUGUAUCUGUCUCGUCAUGCUCACAUGCAAAGGCAAACUGUGCUCAGCUGUAGUAUCGUAGUAUUAGUGGCUGAAAUGGAAGCCUCUGUCUAUUAUGUGUGACGCCUCUCAAGUCAAUCAUACUAUCGUAAUUGUAUAUAAUAUUAUCAUCAUACGUUCAGUUGGGUUGAGUACAGCCCAAAUGUAACAUCAUUGGGAUCUCAUUACAACAUUGAGGGGUACACAGGAAUAUGUGUACAUGUCAAUAACUAAUGACAGUAGUUAUGGACGUUAGCAAGAUGUGUUGCUUCUUGUACCGUGUUAAAGCAGUAUUUUACCAGGUGUGGGACCAUGGUUUCCACAGGAUUUGACAUCUCGGGUGCCAGUAGAGUACGUAUUUUCUGCUCACGUUCUAACACUCUAUGAAUUCAUACACCUUGGGAAUGUCCUAUUUAUAAAUCGGGCAGCCUUGGGAGCUACAGUGAGAGGAAUAUUUUGAUUGGGCUGAAAUGCAUGUAUGCACAAGGAAACAAAUUACCGUUUGGCUUUGAACAGCUAUCAAUAGUUGACCCACAUUGCCCCCUAUUGGCCUAUUUCUGUAACUAUAAUUUGAAACAUAACGUUAAAUCCAGACUCUUUUGAUGUCACUUUCACAUCACCUUAAUUUGUAAGGUUACUGACAGAGAACCCCUUGUUCUUUUUGUUUGCCCCUAGUCUGGCGUCUCCUGUGCCUUUCGAGAUAACCUCGUGCUGUUGCCUGUCUCCCUUAGCCCUCCUGUAGAGCCUCUAGCGGUCAAACAGGGAAACGGUUCCAAUCGUUUUUUCCACCAUUCAUUUUUCUGUUCGGGAAUUUUAGAAACACUUAAAAUAAGGGCUGUGUUUCGUUUAGGCUUACCCCGCCUUGGCGUUUUGAUAACCAUGUAAAUAUCUGUCGGACAAGGUAACAUUUAUCACUAAUAUUUAGCUCUGUUUACUUUCAGACUCGAAACUUCUAAUCCGCAUCAAAGUAGACAUCAUGCAAGACUACAAAUCCCUGCAAGCUCCUGCACGUCAUCUAUAACUGACACCUUUGCUAACUGGUUUUGUGUCAAUUUAAAACAUGCACAAGACAGUUUACAUAGUACAUAAUACAUAACAUGGUAAAAAUGAAUGGUGGAAAAACGAUUAUGACUCAUAGCAUGGUACUCUGUAGGCUCACUGUACAUAUGAGGAGGGGCCUCCAAACCACUGCCUUCUGGGUUCAGGUUGGCACCCACCAUGCAGGCUAAAAACACAUGAGCACAGGCAGGUUUCCUCCUUGUCUCUUAGUGCCUGUGGAUUGACCAAUGAUUCUACCAUCCUAUGCUGUGUACCAAAGGAGCUAUAUGUUGUUGAGGCCUACAGUAGUCUACGGUAGCUGUGGGGUACACAGUGCAUAAGGCCCCUGACUUGGAGCUUUACAAAUAUGUCACCCAAACCUUGUCGUCACAUCAUCCAAACCAAGCUAGGCUGUAGAUACUAAAUUGUUGAGAAGACAUUGAGAACCAACAGAUUUCAGGUUCAUGAACACACGGAUCUUUUGCACGUGGCAGUCUGUCGAGGCAUGCACUUUCUGUUUAUUAUGUAGCCUUAAGUUUACACCGUGUGUGUACUAAUGGAUUAUUAAACCAAGUUUUACCAGCUUGCCUCAGCAGUCACAAAUGGCUUCAACCCAACUCUGGCUCCUGCUCUCUCGCUCUCUCUCUCCUUGUGGCAGAGAUGGCACUAGUGUAGAACUGGGCUAUUCAUUAGAGAUGUUGUGAACCUUCCCAAGGUGUAGGGCGGGGAGUCCCACCAAUAAAGAAGGAGACAGCAUCCACAACAUGUGAUGUUGAGCACUACAGUGUCUACCAUUUUUUUUACACAAAAUGGCGGAACUGCUCCUCUGCCGCAAUGAUACUCUACAGUUAAUUUUGUAAACCUAAUCUCCACUUGUUUGACCCAAAACUGUGUGUUACUUGUUCACUUGCUAGUCGGAACUCGGAAACUCCGAAAUUUCCGACUUGCUAACUUGUGGAACGGGGCACGUGUAUAACUACAACCAGUUAGCAAGUGGCACAUUUUAGAGUUUUAAUAGUUCCAAUUAGCACAUGAAGGCGUCAUUAGCCCAGGACAGAGAGAGCUGGGAGGGGGAGGGACAGAAGCCUUGGUAGGUUGUAGGUGUAUCUCUGCUCUGUGACAUUUUCAGUGUGACUUAUACAUUGUAUUAAUAUGCACUUUUGCUUCCCUCUUCUCAUUUCAAAUGAAUAUUGAUAUUAACUGCUUGUGUUAAUAUGUUUAUGAAACUGAAAAAGCACACAGACAACACACAACACACCACAUACACACAAUAUUAAGGGCUUUUUUAAAAGACAACAAUCAGAAUGUUUUGCUGCUUUUGCAAAAAUGUUUUGAAUAAUCCUUUGUAAUAUUUUUUAACCACUGAUUUGUAAAAAAAAUGAAAUGAAAAAGGAAACAAAGUAUAAUUUUUUUGCCGUUUCAGUAUUUUAAUGUUUCACCUGGCUUUUAAUUAAACCCUAAGAAAGUAUGA